AUUCCGAAACCCACGAACACCUCGUGACCCGACCCGACACGACGCGACUCGAACCGACCAAAAAAGGCAGCGGCCGGGCUGCACGGGUCAGGCAGAGGCUUUGCGUGCGAGGCGAGGCGAGGCGAGGCGAGGCCCCGAUCCGAUUCGUUUCGCGUGAAGAGAGGGGGAGCAUCGGCGGAGCAAGAAGGGCUCGAGAUGGACGCCUUCUACUCGACCUCGUCGGUGGCGUACGGCGCGGCGCCCGGCGCCGGCUGGGGCUACGAAUCGCUCAAGAACUUCCGCCAGAUCACCCCCGCCGUCCAGACCCACCUCAAGCUCGUUUACCUCACCCUCUGCGUGGCGCUGGCCUCGUCGGCGGUGGGCGCUUACCUGCACGUCGUCUGGAACAUUGGCGGGAUGCUGACCAUGCUCGGCUGCGUCGGCAGCAUCGCCUGGCUCUUCUCGGUGCCUGUCUACGAGGAGAGGAAGAGGUAUGGACUGCUGAUGGCGGCUGCCCUACUGGAAGGGGCGUCGGUUGGACCUCUGAUAAAGCUCGCCGUAGACUUUGACCCAAGCAUCCUGGUGACAGCAUUUGUUGGGACUGCUAUUGCCUUCGCGUGCUUCUCCUGCGCAGCCAUCGUGGCCAAGCGCCGGGAGUACCUCUACCUUGGUGGGCUGCUCUCUUCUGGCCUCUCCAUUCUGCUCUGGCUGCAAUUCGCCGCCUCCAUCUUUGGCCACUCCACUGGCAGCUUCAUGUUUGAGGUUUACUUUGGGCUGCUGAUCUUCCUGGGCUACAUGGUGUACGACACGCAGGAGAUCAUCGAGCGGGCGCACCAUGGUGACAUGGACUACAUCAAGCACGCCCUGACCCUCUUCACCGACUUCGUCGCUGUCCUCGUCCGCAUCCUCGUCAUCAUGCUAAAGAACGCAGCUGACAAGUCGGAGGACAAGAAGAGGAAGAAGAGGUCGUGAGCGCUAGCUGGCUCCCCGUGUGCUUGGCCUGACAAGCCACUGCUACCUGCUUACUAGUAUCACUUCUACUACUACUAGUAGUCUACUACAUGGGCGUUGAGGAUGGAACGGAGCUGCCACACAACUGGGUGCUGUGGUGGUGGAAACACAGUGUUCAUUGUUUGCUCUCUUAGUUUGUUAGUUCUUUUGUGAAUUUCGUGCGGAGUUUGCUGAAGCUUUUGCAUAUAUGGGUGCGCUGCAAACGGCUCGGAUGUUGUCUUUGUCUGAACCUUCAAACAAACUCUUAAGAAACUGCAAUGUAAAUGUUGACGUUGCACAUACAGUUCCGCCGA